AUGAAGCAUAUUUUUGUGAUCGGGCAAGUUAUUUGGCUUAUCUUCUUACCGCUUGUCGUGUCAUAUCGUAAAUGCGAUUCCUCCGAUUUUCGCUAUGAAUACACACAGUGUUCGGACCGAGGUGAACGUUGGCGGGUGGCGAUCCCGCGCGACGAUUCGGAUUGCCGAGGCGGCGUGCCCGACCCGGAGAAGGGGCUGAAUUGCACUUUUUCCUGCGGUCCCGGAAGCUAUCUGGACUUGGAAACGCAAACGUGUAGGCUCUGCAAUGCUGGUCGCUACUCCCUGGGAGGCGGCAUCCGUUUUGAGGAGUUCCAGCGGCUGCCCUCCGGCUUCACCGUCGACAAUAUCGAUUCGAUGGCGGAUCUGGUGCUCCAAACCAGCACUCAGAGCACCACAAUUCAAUGCUCGGCCGAGCUGGGUUGGCUGGUGAAGGACACGGAGCUCGUAUAUCUACCAUCGCCCUGCGUCUCCAAGCUCUCCUUCACGACGACGCUGGUUAGGCCGGGCUACGUCGAAUAUGUUUAUCGGAUGCCGAAAAAUAGCCGUGGGCUCGUGCUGAACGUUGUGGUGAAAAAUGAGCAGUGUCAGAGCUACAGAGACGACGUGAAAUCGAUGCUGAUGGGGACGGCGCAGCCAAGCGAAGGCCAACAGCACCACGACGACUCGCAGGCAAACGGCGAUUGGCAGCGGAAGCGGCUCGACUUGCGCCGUGGCGUUAACGUCAUCAGCUGGACGGUGAUCAACAAUCGCGAGAUGUCGCUGCAACGAGAGCCGAUUCGCGUGGCACGUAUUGACGUCGUCGGUAUCGCGUUCACCAGGGAGUGCCCAUUAUGUCCGGAGGGGACAUUUUCCAAGGAAGGAGCCUCCGAGUGCCAGCCCUGCGAGCCGGGAUGGUUUGCUGGCCGGGGAAGUGCCGAAUGCGGGCGUUGCCCAACUUCACAGUACUCUGGGUACAAGUCGAGCAAAUGCAUUGACCGCCCGGCGUGUCAGCCGACUGAUUAUUACCCCGUGCACGAGCCUUGCACGAAUGGCAAGACAAAAGUGACGUAUAAGAAGGUGCUGCCGGCGCUGUGUCGAGAGGACCUUCCAGGAGCAGCUCAGGUUCCCCCGGACGAGCCGGAGAAGCCGUGCCCCCCCUGCAACCCUGGGAUGGCCGUGAAUGGGAGCGGCACCUGCGUAUUUUGCGCCCAGGGCCAUUUCUCCGACGGGAAUCAGUGUGAAAAAUGCCCGACAGCCACAAUUCCCGACUACGGCUAUCAUUACGUGCAGUGGAAUUCGCUGCCCCCGGGCAUACAGACAAAAUGUGAAUAUGUGUCGGAGGAAGUGGUUGCAAAAUGCGAUAUCGGCCCGGCAUGGCUCCCGGAUGGGACGGCUCUUGUCAGCGCACCCUCGCUGCAGACCGGAAUCGCCCUGGAGAUGGUGUUGGAUGUACCUGAAGGUUUCACAAACCCGCUUCUUCCCCGAAAUGCGUACGCCUCGCUGACGAACCCCGUCGGGCACCUGACCAUCGUUUUCGAGAGCCACUGCGCCGACGAUUCGUGUGCCCUAUAUUUCAUCGAGGACGCCACGCCCCAGGGUCCGCAGCCAUACUUCCGGUUUUUGGCGGCGUUCAGCGGCGGGCAGGCGCGACGUGUCUGGACCCAUCCGAUUGCGAAGAAGACGCCAGGAAGAUUUUUGGUGGCGUUCAUCCGGUCUCGCGCAGCCAGUGGUGAGGAUAUCAUCACGGACCAGGCCAAGAUAUUCUCGGUGAAUGUGACAAACGUUGGGCACCGUAACGGAGUGCAGGGCGGAGGCGCCUCGGAAUGUCAGCGCUGCCCGGAUUCCGGGAACGGCGACUGUAUCCCGUGUCCGAAGGGGCAUUAUAUGGCUCAUGAGGAUCGAAAAUGCAUCAAAUGCCCGGCUGGCACCUAUCUGAAUGUCUCAUCAUCUAGACUGGGACCCGAGAGCUGCUUGAAGUGCGGGCCAAACUUGGAAAGUGACGGUGACAGCUGCAUCUCGAACGGCAAAUUUUCGAUCAGCCUCGCCGGAAACCGUACGCGCGACUAUGAUUUGAGCAGCCUGAAAGACAAGCCCCUGACCGUAGAGGGUGUGAAGGUUUUUGCGCGUGAGGGCACCUCGUAUUUCCACACGUUCAACAUCUCGCUACUCGGCGGCUAUGUGGAGUGCAAAGAGGAUUUUGAGCAGCGCGAUCAGCUGCUGCUCUACGGCGUGAACCACGAGCUCGCCGGGGGAGCGGCUUGUCGGAUAACGUCGGUGCCGAUUCUGGAAAAGACGAAGAACUCGACGAAGAAGUUUGCGUCUGUAUCCCCGCUAUUGCUUGGCAUUCAACUCGAAGCGAUCACGACGGAGAAAGAAUGGGAUGGCUGGAAGUUGGACGAUAAGCUGUUGGAUACCGCCUUCGUCACGAACAGCACGGCCAGCACGCCGGAUGUGCAUUUCUUCUUCUCAUCCCCACAUAUCCCUUCCGACGUUUGCCCGCGAGGGUCGGCAAUAGCAUUGACUGCUCGAUGUGAUCCGCACCAAGACAAAGCUGAGUUGCACCUCCCUCGUGGAUGUCCUGAUGGUACUUGCGAUGGUUGUCUAUAUCAUGCCCUCCUCGAAUCGUCUAUCGCCUGCCCGCUUUGCCGGCCCACCGAUUAUACAGUAAUCAAAGGGGAAUGCAUAGACGGCUGGCAAACGGUGCACUCGAUUCCGGAUAAACAAUGCGUCCUCUCCGGCGCCGCUUCACAAGAGCACCGUCAGCACUGCUCGGUGCUGUCGGCCCACCUAAAGCUGCUGAUCUCGGGCGGAACGAUGGCGCUGUUGAUGCUCGCCCUUAUCCUAUGCUGGAUUUGUCAGAAGAACAGGAGGCUCGAAUACAAAUACAUGAAAUUGGCCGAGUCAAAGGGCGGCGGUUUUGAGUUGCCUAUCGCCGAGACGUGCGGUCUGGAUUCGGAUGAGGAGGACGAGGAUCAACAACAAGAUCGGGUGAUCUUCGCGAAGGGGCGCAGCAAAUUCUUCGGUGCCAAGAAGGAGCGCACGGCUGCCGGGGGCGCGAGGGCGCCCUUCGUCCAACUGAACGACCAGGACGAGGACGACGAU